AUGCCCUCGUUCUCCUCCACCGCCGCGCUCCGGUCCGCCCUACCACUUCUCAUCACCAGCUCCAUCUCGGCCUGCGCCAACGCUCUUUUACUUCGUGAUAGCCAUCCGUUGAACAUCCACACGGCUACCGUCGUCGCCAGAAGAACGACUCGCUUUCCCACCGCAACAAUUACAAGCACAGCCCUCCGACAGGCCUUCCGGCAGCUUUGCGAUCGACAUCGAACCACUCGCACUCCUCGCCGCCCCUGCGCCCCCACCAUCACUCCCUAUCGUCCACCAAACAUCAACACAACAACAGCAACAGCAACAGCAACAGCAACAGCACAUUCGUUUAUCAUUACUGCUACUAUCCAUCAGAAAGCCAGAUAUUCAGGGCCAAUUCUCAGCAAACUUCGACGGGACGAGAAUUCCCUCGUCAUGGCACACAUAAUAUCACCUCAGAGCAGCUUUGGUCAGAUCACAAUGCAGUCGGCCUCUCUUCCCCGCCGAACGUCUUCUUUGCGAUCUCGCGCUCGCCGUGGGAUAAGUACAGAUGAAACCGAGGCUCGACACAUACCGGACGAAGCCAUUGCCACAGCUCUUGCCCAUGCCGACGACCUGACUGAAAACCGCUCUACACGGUCAGCUUCCACAGCGUCCCGAACCACACAUCGUCUUUCCCUGACACUUCCGAUCGCGCCGCCGAACCCUAAUCCCUCGCGACCCAUACCGACCUCGACGACCACCGCCUCUUUUCCAUCAACCCCUUUAGACACCCCAGCACUAACGUCGCCCGCCGAUAUCAAUGACUUUAUCACCGCCAUUGCAGCACAGGAGCGCCGUGUCCUGGAGCUCCGCGAAGAGCUUUCUCGUGCCGAGUCGGAUUUGGCCAAGCUGAAAAAGCAGUGGGCGACCUAUGAAGCUUACAAGAAACGAGGCGAAAGGCCGUUGCGUUCCGUAGGUUUGGUCCCGACUUUCCAAGAUGAGGAGGCAACAAAAAGGGCCGUGGAACUCGACAGAAGGAAAGCAUUGCUACAAAGCCUACAAAACCAAAAUCAACUACUUCCCGAGAAUGGGCGCCGUCGUGUUUUUCAAGGAGGACAUGCACGCACACUAUCAUUGCUAUCACCUACAAAACCAAGUAGUGACUUCCCUGGACGCGGUGAUGGAUCAGAAAAUAGUCGCAAUGUUGCUUUCAGCCCGACAUAUCGGCCAAAACAUCAAUCUUGGGCCCCCCAAACCUCUUCACAAACUGUUGGGGUCAAAGGAAUUGCCCAGGACCUCAGGAUGGGAUUGUGGACUUUCAUGGAAGAUCUGAGGCAAGCUACCGUAGGAGACGAACCCGUCACCGGACAGGGCAUGUACAUGAGAGGCGCGGACGGCAAGUUGAGUAUGAUGCCUAUGCCGAAGAGCGGCACGGCUUCCUCUAGCCACACGGGAGGGCAAGAUGGAUUCAGGGCACCCGGUCUGAACACCCCGAGGAACCGAUCUUCUACAGCAUCCGACUGGGCACCCGCCGUGCCCGUAUCACGAUCCACCAGCCCUCCAAAGAAAACACAGGAUUCGACGGCCGAUGAGUCGCUGAAAUCUCCGUCGCGACCAGCCCCAGCACUGAUGCGAUCCAAAACAGAUGCAUCCAGGUCACCCAAGCGAUUUUCUUGGACCCCCCUGACGAUGGACUCGGUGGACGACAACGAUUGGUCAAACUGGGAACCUACAGGUACUGGAACAUCUGCAAGAUGGAGUGGAACCACGGUCAACGGCGACAUCAUUCCAUCAACAACCUCCGAAAAGCGAACUGAGAACGACAAAUCUGUUUCGGGCAAGCAACUCGUUUCGGCCGCCUCCGGCCACUCUCCUGCACUAGUGACUACGUCGACCAAUACCAUGCUUGAGGAUCCCUCCCCACCCGUCCUCACCAAACUCAGGCCGGACAACUUGAAUAAAACAGCCGAUUACUGCACAAAGGAGUGGGAGAAGAGGUCGGCGCUGCCAUGAAUGCACAAGCAGCCUCAGCUCCCGGGCCGCCUAUGCCAUUGACACCUCGAUGUCAAAAAAAGGGCAGGUAAUCAGGCCACUGCGACCAAUCGAAACGCUUGCCCAAGACCACGACGAUCACGACGAUGACACGAGAAUCUCCCAAUUGUUAAUAUCAAAACGAGUAUCGCUUGAGUGUAGCAACAACCAGGGAGGUAUAUCUACGAGUAUGAAGCCGUGUAAACAUCAUCCAGUAUACUUACGACUACAAAACUGCCAAUCGAAUCUUAAUCACGCUCUCGCCUUUCAACCUAUUAACGAAAUUUACGGAACCGGAGCUGGGACAAGACUCGUUGGACUGAUUGAAGUAAGGAUCGUGAACCACCACGACUGCCACCAACAAAACAUCCCGAAGGAUACAAACCCAUGCUCAUGCUCGCGAUUCACGUUCCAACCAAUUCGAAAACAGUCAUAGCCGGGCGGAACCCGGCAGUUUUGCCCCAGGAAGAAAGAAACAGCAAGGAGGAAGGGGGAAAGGGUACACAGCAGAGCCUCGGGGCCGGUGGGGAGGGAAGCGCGGCGGGCGACAGACUCAGUAUCAACCCAGUAAUUGGGUUGGGAUCCGACCAAAGUUCGCCAGAUCGGAUGGCAACCAUGAUAUUAGAUUUGUUGUGUUGGGAAUAUCUGGAUGUAGGAGGAUGGAUGAAAUGUGAAUCUCCAUGUUGCUAUCUAUCUUAUCUCGGUCUCUGCGCGCCCGAAUUUCUUGUAUCACCACCGCUGCCUAGAUACUGCAACGAUGGAUAUGACGAGCACAUAGAAUGAGAUCAAUAACGAUGUUGACGAGUGCAACAUCACUCACUUACU